AUGGAAAAACGUCGUAAAAUCCAGCCCCAUAGAAAGUCUCGACGAGGCUGUACCAAUUGCAAGCUUCGCAGUGUCAAAUGUGACGAGAAGACACCAGCGUGCGAACGGUGCAUCGCCUACGGUGUAACUUGCAGCUAUGAUCGGACAGUCUCUACUCUCCGGCCUCCGAUGGAAAACAUCAUGACUCCCGUUUUGCCUCUCGAGCCAUCGUACUGGACGCAGCCGAGCGACCAAAUUCUUGCCAAGUUUCAAGUUCGGACUGCGCCCACUGUUAGCAUCGGCAAGCGGCUGGAAAUCUAUCAGAAUGAGGUGACUAUGUUGGCAUCAUCGCACCCAUUCUUGAUGCACGUGAUAACCACCCUGACCCUGAUGCAUGACCGGCAUUUAUCGAUGACGGACAAUCUGCAAUAUUACCCACACCUCGUACUGGCAGAAUAUUAUCACUGGCAUCGAGCCACAGUGUUGUUCAACGAUCGGCUGUCGAAAUUACGGCAAUUCCAUGGAGAGGAGACAUCUGCCUCACGAGUUGCUUUGCUUAGUACGGCAGCUAUCCUCUGGACUAUAUCUUUCUGUCAUAUCGAAGCUAGGACUUCACAGGAAGCGUGGCCACUCAAGCCCACAUCAUCGUCAGAUUUAAACUGGUUACGUAUGAACAGUGGCAAAGAGCAGAUAUGGAAAGUCACCCAAUCAUACCGCCCAGAUCCCGUCUCUAUGGCCUUGGCUUCCAUGCGCGCCCCCGUAAUGCUCACAACCCCCUAUAACAACAACAAUACUAUUUUGAAUGAUAUCCCGCCGGCUUUCAUUCGUCUCUUCAAUCUCGCCAAUCAUGACAGUCCACAGGAUGAUAGCAUAGACCCACACUACACUGUCGGCGUGCAGGUUGCCCAAGUGGUUUUUGUGAAUUGUCCCGUAUACGUGACCAUUCUGAGAUUUGUCUCAUUUGUUAGUGGCAUUUCCUCGGAGGUCAAGGGACUGCUAGAAGAAAAGGAUCCUCGUAUGCUGUUGGCCCUGGCUCUUUGGUAUGCGAAGUUGUAUCAAUUGGGGAUUUGGUGGAUGUCGCGGCGGCUACUACUAGAGGGCCAAGCUAUUCGUAUCUACUUGAAGCGAUUCUUUUCCCACGAUGCCGACAUUCAGGCUGUUUUGGAAAUACUUCAAACGGACUUCCCACUGAGAUAA